AUGUCGGUUUCUGUGGAUAUUCCUGGACAUGGUUACUUUGAUAUCAAACUGACUGCUUCGAGCACCGCUGCUGACAUUAUUUUACUGCUACGUGAGCGUUUGCCAGACAGCCCAUGGCAUGGGAACAAGUUGCUGUCAAGUGGGGUCUGCCAGCUGCAGUGCGAUGACAUUGUGGAGGCAACCCAUCGCAGCACGUUGGUCUUGGCAAACUAUUCAGAGAUCACCAACCAGGAGACUUUCUGCAUCAAAGAUACUGCAGAGCGAGGGAUCACUCGCGAGCAAUUGGCAAAGAUCGUUGUUUUCAUCUCCAAGAUGGCUGACAGAUGGUGCGAGACUUUCGGAGAACAGCGUGGGACAAGGCUGCAGUUUGAGACCUUCAACUUGUAUCAUGCGAAUCAUUGGAUCAUCAAACCAGCCACCGACGGCUAUGCGAAAAAGGGCUGCAGCAUGGUUGAGAUCAUGGCGAUUCAAGUGCAGAGACCUCACUGGUUUGUGUCGCAUGCUUGGAUCGAGCCUGUUUGUAAGUUUCUGGCCUGCUUGGAGCAGCAUGCUCUGGUGCGAGAACUCUCAAGCAGUACAUUCUAUUGGGUCUGUGCAUAUGCCAAUAACCAGCACUGCGUGGAAGAGGAUAUCAAAAGCAACCCACGCAGCACUUCAUUCUACAGAGCUAUGCAGAUGUCUGAGGGAGUUCUUUUGGUGCUGGAUUCAGCUG